GUUCAGCGUGCUGACGUCAGUCACCGGAUUCUUUCCUACUACUAGCUAGUUGACUGGCCGAACGGGUUGUUCGCGUUAGCCGUACUGUUCUGCUGAAACAGAGAUGGAGUGUUGACGCUUGCUGCGUUUAAAACCAAAUCAAGUCAUUCAUAUAGGAAGACACGCGUUAAUAUUUGCGUCGAGAACCCGAUAAAAUGUACACUCCAAUACAACUGGGAAAUGCUGUCUCCAUGUCACCAGUAUCCUACUACAGGACAUAACACCACUUCCGUGUCUCUUCUCUCUGUCAGAUUUAUACUAGAGAGAAAGCACUGAGCGGGUUUGACUAUGCGUUUCAUGCUGCUGUUCAGUCGGCAGGGGAAGCUGCGUCUCCAGAAGUGGUACACUGCCACGGCUGAGAGGGACAAGAAAAAGAUGGUCAGGGAACUGAUGCAGGUGGUCCUGGCCCGCAAACCCAAAAUGAGCAGCUUCCUGGAGUGGAGGGACCUCAAGAUCGUCUACAAGAGGUAUGCCAGUCUGUAUUUCUGCUGUGCGGUGGAAGAGCAGGACAACGAGCUCAUUACUCUGGAGGUCAUCCACCGCUUCGUAGAGCUGCUGGAUAAGUACUUCGGCAGUGUUUGUGAGCUGGACAUCAUCUUUAACUUUGAGAAGGCCUACUUUAUACUGGAUGAGUUUCUGAUUGGUGGAGAGAUCCAGGACACGUCCAAGAAGAGUGUACUUAAGGCCAUCGAACAGGCCGACCUACUGCAGGAGGAGGAUGAAUCUCCCAGGAGUGUUCUAGAGGAGAUGGGUCUGGCAUAGUGACAGCAGGGUACUCUGCUCACAACACUUUAUCAUUCUACAGUCAAAGACUCUUUGGGUUCCAGGUGCAGGGGGGAGGAAAGGGGGUUUGUGAUGUGGGUGUGUAUGGGGAGGGGGUAAAUGGAGGGGUUUGGGUUAAGCGGGGGGGGGGGUCCAAUGAGAUUCACACCUUUGAUGUUCUGGUACUACUGAAUUCAAAGCAUUGCUGACAUUAAUUGUAUAUUAUCAUGAUGGUUUAAGGUUGCAAAAUGAACUUUCCCCAAAUUCUCAAGUUUUCCAGAAAUCCUGUAUGGUGGAUUUUGGAUUUGUUGUUAAAUCCUGUCUGAUUCCUGGGGUUAUACAACUAUUUUAGGAUAACCUGGGAAUUUUUGGGAAGUUACCGGAAUAUUGCAACCGUAAUGUAUAUUAGCUCUGUGAAAAUAAUUCCACUUUUGGCUGGAAGAUUUAUCUAUUACUACUGUAAUGUAACCCAGAUUUGGGUUCAAAUAGUAUCUGAAAAUCCUUCAAGUACUUCCCGCGUUUGCUUUGGCCUGCCAGGAAGCUUAAUCAAGCUCGACUUUUAAGUAUUUUGAAUCGUUUUAGAACCCAGGUCUGAUUUGACCUUUGACAUUUCCCUCAAAAGAGGCAGGUCAGAACACAUCUCAAGCCUUUUUAUAGCUGGGGAUGCAAUUAAACAUCAAAACAUCACUGACCAGAUUACUUUUGAUCAGACUAGGGUUGCGUUGCCAAAUGGCAACCUAUUCCCUAUAUAUAGUGCAUAUGGGCUCUGGUCAAAAGUAGGGCACUACAUAGGGAAUAGCGUGCCAUUUGGGGGACAUGAAUUUGCUUUGAAAUAAAUGGCUGUUUUAAAAUGUUUUGUAUAUGGACCACAUGUUAUGAGAUUAUUAUUCAUAAUAGUAAUUUAAUACGUUUGCUGUUUUUAAGGGAACACAUUGAUUGUCUGCGUUGGUGAGCUUUGUUGAACCUAUAGUAGGAUCUUGUCAGGGAACAAAAAUAAGUAACCUUGACAUUCAUAUAAAGAGGAAGGGAAACAAUCUGAAAAUGAUUCUAACCAAAAUUCCAGUUCCAUCCAGAGUUCCUUUAGAAUUCUAGUUCUGUGUUCUAUUCCCGGAACUGUUUCAGACCAUCUCUCUGUCUUGCUCUCUCUCGCCCAGGCUUUCUUGUGUUGAGCAACUAACCUAUGGAGAAGUCUGUGCCGUUUUAGCACUUGUGUGGAUGUGCUAACAUGAAUGUGUUUAAAGGGUGCAACGUGAUGGUAUAUGAGGCUGAUGAUUCAACUUAGUUAAAACGAACACAGGGCAAAAAAUAGUGUCCGUUUGUUUUUGAGCUGCAAUGCAUAAAAAUGUGAACUACUUUAAGAUGCAUGUGACUUUUUUUGAGAAAUACACACAAAAAAAUGGACCUAGCUACCAUUCCUAUACACACACACACACACACACACUAAAUGCAGUACUAUACCACAUGGCAGAUAAUUUCUCCCCAAUUUCCGCCUCUGAAAUACCUACUUUCCAAAGAGUACUCAUGUGUUUGUCUGCAACAAGAGGGAAGAAACUGCAACUAGUAGAGUUUAGCUUCAGACUAUAAAUGUGUGUUCUUGUAACCAGACUUUAGCCCUUUGCUUUUAACAAGGUACGUUCCAACCUUCAUACCAACAUACUACUUGCUAGUGUGCAUUCCCAAAUACUUUGCUUCACUCCCAAGUAGUAGCAAUACAUAGGCUGUGUUCCAAUAUCCACGCUGGCAUGCCACUUAGAAUUCAUGCCCAAUAUAUUACUUACCUACUUACCCAAUCCUCUUUGUGUCUGGAGUAACAUAAGGCUUCUAGGAGAUAGCACCAGUGCCUCCGGUCUGCAGCGUUCAUGUCAUGUCUGGAGUAACGUAAGGCUUCUAGGAGAGAGCACCAGUGCCUCCGGUCUGCAGCGUUCAUGGUGAGGAUGGAUUAGAUCAAGUCAUACUCAAUCUUCUUUUCAAUCCUCCAUCUCAUCUGCCCUAUAUAGUGUUCUGUUCAAAGUGGGAUGAAGUGAUCUGAGCAAUGGGACAGAGCUUCUUAGUGGUCUAGUGUGGAUUAUUGGAACUGCACCUGAAAUUGGAAGAUAUUUUGAGUAGUGUUGAGGUUUUUCAGGGACUCUGGUGUUUUAUUCCUUUUGUAAUCCAGCAUUAGGGGUAGGAGGUCUGAUAAAUAACUACUGAACUACGGUCCAGUCAUGGUGCCCUCUUCCCUGAAUUUGUUUAUUUAACUAGGCAAGUCAGUUAACAAAUUCCUAUUUGCAAUGAUGAUUUACAAUGGGUUUCAGACAGGGAAUCAUGUGGCAAUGUAAUUUUAUAAUGACAAUAAAAUCACAUUUUAAAAGUA